GGUUGAAAGUAGCGGGUGGCUCCCAAAGCUGGUCGCAGGAAUAAGGCGUUCUCUUUGUCGCACGAAUGGCGAGGCUCGCUGGAGCCGGUAGUUGAGGCGCUGAGGGAAGCUGUAGUGCCAGUGUUCGAGGAUUCGCCUGGAAAGAAAAAUACUGAUGUGAGCACUGAUUGGAAGCCUCCUGUACCCCCAACCGGGGAUCUACCAGGGAACAAACCUACAACCUGGUACAUUUAAAGUUGAAGUUUGCCGCUAAAGAUGGCAGACCCCGAUGUCCUCACCGAGGUUCCUGCAUCAUUGAAGAGGUUAGCCAAGUAUGUGAUCCGGGGUUUCUAUGGCAUUGAGCAUGCUUUGGCCUUGGACAUCUUGAUCCGGAACCCUUGUGUGAAAGAGGAGGAUAUGUUGGAGCUGCUCAAGUUUGAUCGGAAGCAGCUUCGUUCAGUUUUGAAUAAUUUAAAGGGAGACAAGUUCAUCAAAUGCAGAAUGAGAGUGGAGACUGCUGCAGAUGGGAAAACCACUCGCCAUAACUACUACUUUAUCAAUUAUCGUACUCUUGUUAAUGUGGUAAAAUAUAAAUUGGACCACAUGAGAAGGAGGAUUGAAACUGAUGAGAGAGAUUCCACCAACCGGGCUUCCUUCAAAUGUCCUGUCUGUUCUAAUACUUUUACAGAUUUAGAAGCUAAUCAGCUAUUUGAUCCCAGGACAGGAACUUUCCGCUGCACUUUUUGCAAUACAGAGGUAGAAGAAGAUGAAUCAGCAAUGCCCAAAAAAGAUGCACGCACACUUUUGGCAAGGUUUAAUGAACAAAUUGAGCCCAUUUAUGCUUUGCUUCGGGAAACAGAGGAUGUGAACUUGGCCUAUGAAAUACUUGAGCCAGAACCCACAGAAAUACCAGCCCUGAAACAGAGCAAAGACCGUGCAGCAACUACUGCUGGAGCUGCUGGCCUGUCAAGUGGGCACCACCGGGAAGCAUGGGCUACCAAAGGUCCCUCCUAUGAGGACUUAUAUACUCAGAAUGUUGUCAUUAACAUGGAUGACCAAGAAGAUCUUCAUCGAGCCUCACUGGAGGGGAAAUCUGCCAAAGAGAGACCCAUUUGGUUGAGAGAGAGCACUGUCCAAGGAGCAUUUGGUCCUGAAGAGAUGAAGGAAGGUGGCUUAGAUAUAGAUGCAUUUCAAGAUCGUGAGGAAGGCCGUGCAGGGCUGGAUGAUAACGAGGAGGUUAUGCGAGCCCUGCUCAUUCAUGAGAAGAAGACCCCCUCUGCUACCGCUGGCUCCGUGGGGGCGGCUGCUCCUGUGACCACUGCCAAUGGCAGUGACUCAGAGAGUGAGACCAGUGAGUCAGACGAUGACUCCCCACCUCGUCCAGCUGCUGUGGCCGCACAUCACCGAGAGGAUGACGAGGAGGACGACGAGUUUGAGGAAGUAGCAGAUGACCCCAUUGCUAUGGUGGCUGGUCGUCCAUUCUCAUACAGCGAAGUGAGCCAGCGGCCAGAGCUGGUGGCACAGAUGACACCAGAGGAGAAGGAAGCGUACAUAGCAAUGGGACAACGCAUGUUUGAGGACCUCUUUGAAUGAUCUGUCCCUACAUUUUCCUCCUUUCUCUAAAGCUCAUUUCAAAAAGAAAGUACCUACCUUUGAAGAAAAGUAUUUAAGUGGCUUUCUGCCCUUCUUGAUGUAAGGCGAUUUUUAAUCUUGCGCAAAAAAAAAAAAAACACUGGGAGAGAAAGAUUGAUUUUUAUGACAGAAACUUUCCCAAAAGGUAGGUUGGCUA